ACUGUCUUUUCAAUCUGGCAACCCCAUUUUGGUUCGCGACAUAGCCGCGCUGGAGUUGCAGUUCUUCGUGUCAUCUUCGAACCAAAGGCGCUCCUUUCAAAGCAUUCUUAUCGGAUAAGUAUCGAAAUAAUCACACACCAGGUCCCGGAGAUAGAAGUGUGUCUGAAAAAGGACAAGCGAAGUGGUUAAGCUACAUCUCCCCUGCAGACCUCACUGGCCAAUCCAUUGCAACGGUUCCUGCGUUAAGUGACUACUUUGGGAGCGAAGAUCUUCACUCUGAGAAGCACGAUACCGCUCACGUCAAAAAGGAGUCUUAAUCGGCGAUGCCGCACAUCAAACAGGAGGUGGAGCCAGGGACCGCCUGCAUUAAAAAAGAAGAACAUGAAAAUGAAAUUCCCAAGUUUCCGAUGACUGUCAUUGUGAAGAGCGAAGAAGAUGAAGGUCCAAGCGAAGAGAGCGGUGCAGCGAAACCUUCCAGCGACUGCUCAUUUCAACACCCGACAACAAAAGAGACGGAGCAGCUGUUUGUCGAGCUGGAGCUCAUCGAAAUCGAAAAAGAAUUGCUUUUACUCCAAAUGUUGAAACGCAGGAGAUGCAGAAAACGUUUGCGGAGGUGGUCUGUCGGACCACUGGACGAGUCGAGGCAGAGAACGGACGUCACUGUAGAAGAUCCCCCUGAGAACCACGAUCCCCCCCACGUUAAAGAGGAGGAGGAGUCGGAGAUGCCGUACAUCAAACAGGAGGCGGAGCCUGAAACCUCCUACAUUAAAGAAGAACAGGAAGAUGAAAUCUACAAAUUUCCAAUGACUGUCAUUGUGAAGAGAGAAGAUCAAGGUCUAAGCAUUCAACAUUCGAGCGACAACUUGUUUCAACGCUGGACAAGAAAAGACAACACUGUUGAAGAUCUUCACCCUGAAGAGCACGAUCCCGCCCACGUCAAACAGAAGAUGGUGAUGGCGUUCAUCAAGCAAGAGGCAGAGCCAGAGAACCCCUGCAUGAAAGAAGAAAAGGAAGAUGAAAUCCCUGAGUUUCCAAUGACUAUCAAUGUGAAGAAUGAAGAAGAUGACGUUCCAAGUGAAAAGAACAGAACAGCAAAACCUAGUGACAGCUCAUUUCAACACCUGACAACAAAAGGUGAGGGACGUUCUCAAUCGGGCGGCUUCUUAGCUCCGCUCACGGACAGUGACGACAUACCAUCCCACUUUUCUGACAUUGACACUAAUGAGGAGGAUGUUGACCUUGACCAAAAGUCAUCAUUGAAAAGAAACGCAAAAGAAUACGUGGGUGGAAGACCUUUUCCCUGCUCACAUUGCGAUAAAAGGUUUGGUCUUAAGAAACGGUUAAUAAUACACACACGUAUACACACUGGAGAAAAACCUUUUCUCUGUACAGUUUGUGGUAAAAGAUUCACCCAAAAGGGGAAUUUAAAAUUACACACAAGAACACACACUGGAGAGAAGCCUUUCGCGUGCUCAUUUUGCGAUAAGAGAUUCUCUCGUAAGCAUCUGUUGACAAGACACAUGCUUACACACACUGGAGAAAAGCCUUUUGUCUGCACAUGUUGUGGUCAAAGAUUCACUCAAAAGGAAGAAUUAAACAGUCACGCAACAAUGCACUCUGAGGAGAAACCUUUCGCCUGCACACUUUGCAAUGAAAGAUUUUGGUGGAAGCGAGAAUUAACAACACAUACAAGAAUACACACUGGAGGAAAACCUUUUGCCUGCUCGGCUUUUGGCGAACGACACAGCGGGGAGAAACCAUUCGCUUGCACCUUUUGCGAUAAAAGAUUCGCCGUGAAGGGAAAAUUACACAGUCACACGAGAAAACACACCGGAGAGAAGCCUUUUGCCUGCUCACUUUGCGAUAAAAGAUUUUCUUGGAAGCAACAGUUAACAAUGCACACGCGUACACACACCGGGGAGAGACUUUUUGCCUGCACAUUUUGUGGUAAAAGAUUUUUCAGCAGGGGAAGCUUAAACAGACACACAAGAAAACACACAGGAGACAAGCCUUUUUCAUGCUCAGUUUGCGAUAAAAGAUUUCAUUGGAAGCAUCAAUUAAUAAUACACACAAGAACACACACUGGAGAAAAACUUUUUCUGUGCUCAGUUUGUGGGAAAAGGUUCUUCACGAAGGCUGAAUUAAAAAGUCACACAAGAACACACACCGAGAAGUCUUUCGUCUGCACAAUUUGCGAUAAAAGAUUUUCUUGGAAGCAUCAGUUAACGAGACACAUCCGUACACACACUGGAGAAAAGCCUGUUCCCUGCACUUAUUGUGGUAAAAGAUUCAUCGACAAAGGAACUUUAGACCGACACACAACAACACACACUGGAGAGAAACCUUUCGCGUGCUCAUUUUGCGAUAAGAGAUUUUCUCGUAAGCAUCCGUUAACAAGACACAUGCUUACACACUCUGGAGAAAAGCCUUUUGUCUGCACAUGUUGUGGUCAAAGAUUCACUCAAAAGGGAGAAUUAAACAGUCACGCAAGAACGCACUCUGAGGAGAAACCUUUCGCCUGCGCACUUUGCAAUAAAAGAUUUUCGUGGAAGCGAGAAUUAACAACACAUACAAGAAUGCACGGUGGAGAAAAACCUUUUGCUAGCUCGGCUUGUGGCGAACAAUGCACCAAUAAGGAAGAAUUAAAAAGUCACCCGACAAAACACAGCGGGGAGAAACCAUUUGCUUGCACUUUUUGCGAUAAAAGAUUCGCUGAGAAGGGAAAAUUAAGCAGUCACACGAGAAAACACACCGGAGAGAAGUCUUUCGCCUGCUCACUUUGCGAUAAAAGCUUUGCUUGGAAGCAACAGUUAACAAUACACACGCGUACACACACCGGGGAGAGACUUUUUGCCUGCACAUUUUGUGGUAAAAGAUUCUUCAGCAGGGGAAGCUUAAACAGACACACAAGAAGACACUCCGGAAUCAAGCCUUUUCCAUGCUCAGUUUGCGAUAAAAGAUUUCAUUGGAAGCAUCAAUUAAUAAUACACACAAGAACACACACUGGAGAAAAACUUUUUCUCUGCUCAGUUUGUGGUAAAAGGUUCUCUCAGAGGGAGAAAUUAAAAAGACACUCCUUAAAACACACCGGGGAGAAACCUUUCGCUUGCUCAUUUUGCGACGAGAGAUUUUGCAGGAAGCAACAGUUAACAGCACACACGAGUGCGCAUACUGGAGAAAAGUCUUUUGCAUGCACAUUUUGUGACAAAGUAUUCGCCGACAACUGUAACUUAAAUAUUCACACCAGAAGACACACCGGGGAGAAGCCUUUUCCCUGCUCAUUUUGCGACAAGAGAUUUUGUACAAAGCAACAGUUAACGAGACACAUGUAUACUCACACUGGAGAAAAGCCUUUUGCCUGCCCAGUUUGUAGUAAACGUUACACCACAAAGGACAAUUUAAGAUAUCACUCCUUAAAACACACCAACGAGAAACCUUUCGCUUGCUCAUUUUGUGACGAAAGAUUUUGUCGGAAGCAUCAACUGACGACACACACGAGCAAGCACACUGGAGAAAAGCCUUUUCCCUGCUCAGUUUGUAGUAAAAGUUUCAUCACGAAGGUAGGAUUAAGCAAUCACGCAAGAACACACAGCGGAGAAAAACCUUUUGUUUGCGCUGUUUGCGGUCAAACUUUUUCCUUAAAAAUAACCCUACGAAAACACACUAAAACACACUCUACAGAGACACUUUUUUCCUGAGCGGCUUGCGAGAACAAUACUUUUGAUUCCUCGCAAUUUCGCGCUUCAAAAUUUGCACCCUCUGUCCAUCGCUGAUUUUUUUUUUUUUUUCAAUAAAAAAAAGAAUACAGAUGAGCUGUCCCGAUCCGAUUAAGUAGUCUCACUCUCCCUCCUGCUGCUUUUCGUUGUCCGGCAGUGCACUGGAGUUGCUUAUUAAAGUUAACGAUGAUUGACAGGCGUUAAGGUUUGAUCUUGCCAGAGAUGCUUGGAAACCGAAACUUCAAAGCGCCGCAUGCAUCAAUCAUUGUUUAGCUUGUUAAGCACUUGCUGUUGCAACUCAUUUUGCGUAAGUGAGAAGCUUGUGCGGAUUUGAGUGGACUUUAUGAAGCAUUUAAUAAAGACAAGCAUUUUUCCAUGUUAUUCUUGUUUAAAAAUAACUCUGUAGGACAGUAACAUGUUCAAAACUUAUCAUAAUUAUUACAUUUGAAGUGGUUAAAACUAUUUAUCAUAAUAUAUGUAUGUAUUUAUAUAUGUAUAAAUACAUAUUUUAUAUAUACUUUGGGGGGGAAAAGGAAAAAAAAUGUCUCCAAUGCUAAAUCUGAAUAAAUACAUUGAAUACACAAUUUUUUUAAUCUUUUUUAUUUUGGGGGAGGGGUGCUACUUAGCAGUUUUUCACUAUCGAGGUGUGUUCUGGUCCCCAUUAACUGCGAAAAUUGAGGGAUCAAUGUAUUCCUCUUAGUCAUAUUUAGUCAUCUUUGUCUAGUUUUUGUCAACGUUUACUGGGAAAAAGCAAAGGAGAAUCAGACUAACGGGAGAAGGAUGACUUCUUUGGAAAAAACUUAUGACUAUUAAUUGUCUCGUGUUUUGACCUACUUUGGUAGUUGUUGUACUUUAGUAAUGUAAGACUUUAAGACUGACUUAUCUGAUGCUAUAUACUUUGAUUUUUCCUGGGUAAUUGGAGGACAAACAGUGAGUCAGAGUGUACUUCCGCCAGCUCUGAUUGGUUGGCUUUGUGGCACAUUUGUAACGUGUGUGCCAAACUAAGCGCGCAGGGGUCAAGGAAUUGAGCGAGACAGGUAGGGGAGAAGUGAGCUGGUAAAACUAACAUGCAAACACAAUUAUGAAGCACAUAUUUUUUUAUAUAUAUAUUUUUUCUGUGUUCAAAAUCUGUCAUUGCUUGCUUGAAAUGUUUAAUUCCUCACUCGAUAUAUUUUUCUGUGCUCAAAAUCUACCAUUGCUCGCUCAGAACUAUUGCACAAAUAUAAUUCUGCACAUCUGCAGCCAGUCUUUCCCAUUCUCAGAGCAUUUACAGGUCACUUUCUGUUGAGUAUGAGUCACCGCCAAUUCAUUUGGGGGGUCUUGUGUCAUAUCCUGUUCUGUAACCCAAAAGCCAAUAAAUGCCCCAAAAAUCAACGGCAAGCGACCCAGAAAUGCUCCAAAAUCAACAGGAAGUGACUGAAAAUCGACAGCAAAUGCCUGAAAUGCCCCCAAAAUUAAACUCAUUGGAUGCCAUUGAUCGCCAUUAGACAUCAGAUCCGUUUAAAGUGGGAAGGAUGGCAGCGAAUCAUUUGCUGCCGCCCUCCGAGUUCAAAUGAAUUGAACGUCUACGAUUGAUAAUUCAAUUCACAGAAGCUUGUUUUUCUGUUUUAUUACUUGUUUAGUAAAAUAUUGGAGAAUGAUUCUCCGACCUAUGCAUCGAAAAUUGUUCAUCCGCAAUAUUGUGUCAUCCGCAAUAUUGUGAGAUCGUUAUCGUGAACUUUGUAUCUCAAAUCGUAGGGUGCUAAAUCAAGGCCAAAAGUAUUGUAAUCUGAAAAAAAAUUGAAACUUCAAUUCAAUUUUAUUUGUAUAGCCCUGGAUCACAACAACAUUGUCUCAAAGGGCUUACGAACUGUUUUAGUUUACUUGAAUCUUUCAAAACUUUUCAUUUACAAAGUUGAUAUUUUCAAGUUCAAAUAUUAACUUUAUUAUCACCUUCAGAUUUUCACUUUCGGAUUUUAUUUCAAAGCUUUUGGCUUGGGGGGGUGGCCUCAACGAGAGGCGUUUUGGCAUGUGAGAGCCUAUCAAAGCAACCCCAAAUGAUCAGGAAAUGUGGGUCCUUUGAAGGAUGAUGACUCCACACCCUCUCUCCACUUUUUUUUUCUUGAAACCUGUAGAUCAUUCUAGAUUGAUAGAUACCACAUUUCUGGAUUAUACUGUUGAUUGUAAAGAACUUUGAAUUGCCUUGGACAUGAAAUGUGCUAUAUGAAUAA